CUCUUAUCUUUUUCACUCGAUUCUCUCUGGUUCAUCAAAGCCGCCGUUGAAAUCGUCUCGCUUGUUCCUGAUUGAUUGACCGACCCUGUUCAUCAAGCUCCUGAACUUAAGCAGCUUCGCUCUCUCCUGAGAUCUUUCACCGGUUAAACAUCGAGUUGGAAUCUCCUCCUGGAGUGUCGAAUCUUAGUUGCAUCCAGAUUCCAAUGGACGCUCCUACCGAACAACAACAACAACAACCGGCUCAGCUCAGCUCUGGAAACGACCGUGAAGCUUUUCGACAAACCUUGUGGAAUACUCUCCUGCGGCGUUCUUUCUACCUGCCUUCUUUCAAGAUUUACGGUGGUGUCUCUGGUUUUUACGAUUAUGGUCCUCCUGGCUUCGCUCUUAAGAACAAUAUCCUCAAAUUUUGGCGUGAACACUUCGUCUAUGAGGAGCAUAUGCUGGAAAUUGAAUGCCCCAGUGUCACACCUGAGGCUGUUCUCAAGGCUUCAGGGCAUGUUGAUAAGUUCACUGAUCUUAUGGUUAAGGAUGACAAAACUGGAACCUGUUUCCGCGCUGACCAUUUGCUCAGGGAUUAUUGCAACGACAAGCUCGAGAAAGAUCAUCUUACCAUCUCUGCUGAGCAAGCUUCUGAACUAAAGAAUGUUCUUGCUCUCUUGGAAGAUCUUUCAUGUCAGGAGCUUGGUUUGAAGAUUAAAGAGUAUGGGAUCACUGCUCCCCACACUAAGAAUCCUCUUUCUGAUCCUUACCCAUUCAACCUGAUGUUUCAAACAUCUAUUGGCCCAUCUGGUCAGAGUCCUGGUUACAUGCGUCCUGAAACGGCACAAGGCAUUUUUGUCAACUUCAGAGACUUGUAUUACUACAAUGGAAAGAAACUUCCCUUUGCCGCGGCUCAAGUCGGUCAAGCCUUCAGGAACGAGAUAUCUCCACGUCAAGGGCCUCUUAGAGUUCGUGAAUUCACUCUGGCAGAAAUUGAGCACUUUGUCGACCCUGAGAAUAAGUCACAUCCUAAAUUCUCUAAUGUAGCAGAAUUGGAAUUCCUUAUGUUUCCAAGAGAGGCCCAACUCUCUGGCCAAUCUGCUAAAAAGAUCUGCCUUGGGGAAGCUGUUGCCAAGGGAACUAUUAACAACGAAACUCUAGGAUACUUCAUUGGGAGAGUUUAUCUUUUCCUUACCAAGAUUGGCAUAGACAAGAACCGGCUGCGUUUCCGCCAGCAUCUAGCAAAUGAAAUGGCCCACUAUGCAGCAGAUUGCUGGGAUGCUGAAAUUGAGGCUUCAUAUGGGUGGAUUGAAUGUGUUGGGAUUGCAGAUAGGUCUGCAUACGACUUACAGGCUCACUCCGAAAAAAGUGGCGUUGCUCUUGUGGCUGAAGAGAAAUUUGCAGAACCUAAAGAAGUAGAGCAACUUGUGAUUACUCCUGUGAAGAAAGAUUUGGGUAUUGCAUUCAAGGGAGAUCAUAAGAAAGUGGUUGAAUCUUUGGAGGCGAUGAAUGAGCAAGAAGCUAUGGCGAUGAAGGCAACCCUUGAAUCCAAACGGGAAGUGGAGUUUUACGUGUGUACCCUCGGGAAAAACGUGACCAUCAAGAAGAACAUGGUGUCAAUCUCAAAGGAGAGGACGAAAGUGCACCAGAGGGUUUUCACACCGUCAGUGAUUGAACCAUCGUUUGGGAUUGGUCGGAUUAUGUAUUGUCUGAGCGAGCACUCUUUCAGCACAAGGCCAGGCAAAGCAGGGGAUGAGCAGUUGGGCUUGUUGAGUUUUUCUCCUCUUGUUGCUCCCAUGAAGUGCAUGGUUUUCCCGCUUGUACAGAACCAACAAUUCGAGGAAGGAGCCAAAGUCAUUUCCGAGAGCCUUACUUCUAUUCGCAUCAGUCACAAGAUUGACAUGACUGGUACAUCGAUAGGGAAGAGAUAUGCGAGAAGCGACGAGCUUGGAGUGCCAUUUGCAAUAACUGUGGACUCGGAUACAUCGGUGACAAUCAGAGAAAGAGACAGCAAAGAUCAAGUCCGAGUCAGCUUGAAGGAGGCAGCUUCCGUCUUGAGCUCAGUCGCAGAGGGGAAGAUGACGUGGCAAGACGUCUGGGCAAGCUUCCCGCACCACUCUUCUGAAUGAUUUGGUCAAUGUAAUGCAUAUCACAUUUCUCGUUUCUACACGUCACUUUCGUAAUGCACCAUUGGGCGUUCUACUAUGAAGAUACAGAUCUUCUUUUCUUUUUCUUUUUUUGGUACAUUGAAAUAUAUUUCUGAUUGUUGACUAUAGCUUUUCGAGAAUCCUAACAGUUAAGUGAACCGUUUUCGGAGCCACUGAUUGAUUAAGUGUUGACAAACA